AAGAAAGUGCAUAGUGGUGCCAGAACUACAAUACGAAAAAAUCGGGUUGUUUAAUCCCAUAUUGCGAAGUGGUUGUCAGUGGAUGUUCGUUUUCAGUUACAAGAAGAAAUUGCGAAUCUUUCUUCAUUAGAACAACGAAAAAUACGCCUCAGGUUCUGGAAUUGGAGAUGGAAAUCAUUUGCUUUCUGCAAAUGUCGGGGCAAAAACGAACAGUUCACUUUACCAAUUCAAAUUAAAUGCCACUCUUGAUAUAAUAUGCUAAUUUUUACAUCUCUAUGUUGUUAAUUGGAAUUGGUUAGGUUUAUGGUUCGUUUUUGCCUCAAGUGACUCUUGUAUUCUGCUAAUGGAGUCACUAAACCAAAUUGUUACUGUUUCUGAAAUCAAAGUUUUCUCAUUUACCUGCUUAAUGUAGCUGUUAGGCAGUGUAAAAGUGCAGAUAAUAAGGGUAAAAGUUGCUAGUCUUAACCUAGAAACAGAUAUUUAAGUUAGACUGACUGUUGGUUCAUUUGUUACUGCCGAACCAUUAAAAAACAAGCUUAAGUCUCAUCAUACCAUUACAACCACUGUACAACAAAUGAAAUAUCAGUUUGCAGUGCUGUACUGGUCUGAUGAGACCAAAGCAAAAGUAAAUUCUAGCAUUGCAGUCAAAAAUGCCCCUUCUGUUUAACAACAGAUUGGCAUUCAAGCAAAUCCUGGGAUCUUCAUGGUAUUGGAUAUAAUUUUAUCGGUGACAACUUGUACACCAUGGACUCACCCAUAAAAAAGGAAAAUGAGAAAAUCGAUGAAACCAUCUCUGAGGUUCCAGUUUUAUCUGAUGCUCCAACUAUUGAUGAAAAGCAAGCCCUACUGGAAGAAGAUAAAUCGGAUCCUUUGAUAGAAGAUGCAGAAAGUCCUGCUGAGAAGAUGCAGGAAGAGCAAACUUUAGAGGAACAGAAUAAAGAGGAUGAAGAUCGUGCACUGGAUUCAGCAGAGGAUGAUGUUGCUCCUUUGGAUCAAAAUGAUGCAAUAGAUAAAUCUCCAGAUCAAGAAAAAGAAAUAGAUGCCACUUCAGUUGAAGACGGAAAACCAGAUACAUCCCCGGAUCAAAAAGAUGAAGGAGUAGUAGGAUCAGAUCAAGAGAAUUCAGGGAUUCCUUCUCCUGAUCCUGUGGAUGCUGCAGAUUCAGAUAAAGAGGAUGGAAUGAUUGUGUCUACAAAAGAACAACUUUCAGAUGACCAUCAAGAGGAACAAUUGGAAGCAAGUGACCAUGAGAAUGUUGUGGAUAGAUCAACUGAACAAACAGUAGACCAAGAAGAUAGUCCUAGUAAAAGCGAUGAAGUUACAGUUAAAGAAGAAUAUGUUUUUGAUAGAAAAAGUGACGAUAACAAUGAGAAUAAAUCUGAUGAGGAUGGUCCAUGUAAUGCAAAGUCUAACCUUGAACAAGAGAAAGACGCUGAAAAUGAUGCUGGUAUUAUAAAUGUUAAAAAAGAGGCUGAGAAAGUUUUGGCUGAUGGGAAAAUUGAGGAUGAUGAAUCAGAUGGUGAAAUAGUCGAUUCUGAUAAAGAGGAAGAUGUUAAAGAAGAAGUGAGGAGCAACUCCCAGGUUGAUUAUGGACUCGAUGAUGUGAGGCCAGAGAUGGAGCAGCUCGACUAUGAUGAAGAUGUUGAUGAAUUGGGGGAGUUGGGAGAUGCCCCUAUACCACAAUCUGCUGAAAUUGAGAAGAAAAAAGUGAAGCAAGAAAUGUCAGAUGGAGAGAUUGAGUCAAGUGAUGGUGAAAUUAAAAGUGACAAUGAAGAGAAACCAAAGAAACUACCAGGGUUUUGUCCGGAUGAUUAUGAAGAUGGGGAGAUGAUUGACCCCAUGGAGGGUCCUGCGGUUCCAAGAGAGAUUUGCAGGUUCUUUGAAAAAGGAAACUGUACAUGGGCAGAUAGGUGUCGAUUCAUACAUCCUGGUAUUAAUGAUAAAGGCGGUUAUAACUUGUUUUCCGAUGAACCAAAACCGGGACCUCUCAUGCACCGACAUGAACCUCCACCAUUUGACCCAAGGGCACCUGGACCAAUGCAUCCACCUGAUAUGAUGCACCACCCAAAGAUGGAAACAGCUUGGGAACGAGGUCUUAGACAUGCUAAAGAAAUGAGAAGGCGUGCCAUGCAACGCAAAGUCCAGGAGCCUGACUUUAUGAGAAAACGUGAAAUUAUUUCACUGAACGCGGAACUUAAUGUGGAUCGAGAUUUAGAUUUCAUCGCUCAGAAGCCACUUGUGGAAGACUCAAGAGGAUUUAAUCCGUUCGAUGCUUUCGAUGAUGAUGAUCUCUAUGCUGUUCCACCACCGGAGGAGCUGAAGAGACUGAAAAGAUUUGAAAAGUCGCAUACGAGGGACACUGAUGCAAGGUCUCCACCAAGAAGACCAGUGGAAGGACACAGGCGUCCUGAAUCUCCAUCACGAAGAGGAAGAGAGAUGUUUCCUCCAGGUCAUCCAAUGCACCGAGAGAUGCACGAUCAUAGAGGGAUGGAACGAAGAAGCCCACCCCGACACAUGGGUAUGCACCCCCAUGAUCGACCCCCUAUGUUCCCUCGGGACCGCCCCCCACCCCAUGAACUUCCCCCACACAUGAGGGGUGAUCCUGGCUUCCGACCGGAUCGAGGUCCAAGGAUGGAUCGCGACUUCAGGGAUCGCAGGAUGGAGGACAUGAUGAGAGAAAGAGAGCGAAUAGACCAAAGAAGGCCAAUGGAUGAAAAUAGACUUUCACCAAGCCAGCAAAGACGAGAGGUUGAGAGUCGUAUUGUACCAGUUGGUCAACCAGGAAUACCCGGCAGUCAGUUUCGUAAACAACAACCAGAUGCUUCUUCUGCUGCACCCCCGCGAGGUGAUAACUGGAGUGACCCCUGGGCAAGAGGUCGUCAGAAAAAGGUCAAGGAGGGUCGGGGUCGAAGUUCAUCAGGCUCGUCUUCCUCCAGCUCAGGAUCCUCCAGAUCUUCAUCAUUUUCAUCUUUUUCAAGUCGGUCAUCCUCCAGAUCUUCGUUAUCAAGUUCCUUCAGUAGUUCUGGUUCAAGUAGAUCUCCAUCUCCAACCAAAUCAACUAAGAAAGUUUUAAAGAAGAAAAAGGCAAACCCAGCAAAAGAAGCAUCCAAUGGAAAAUCUGCCAAAGUUCCUAAAGCAGUUGUGAAGGCAGCACCUAAGAAAGUAGUUGCAACUCAAGCAGCAACUAAAGCUAAAGUUGCCAAACCUUCGAAACCUGCAAAACCUCCAGCUGCUGUACCUUCAAAAGCAAAGGCUGUACCUGUUGCACCAGUUGUACCUCCUGCACCAGCAGACCGUGGUAGACCUGCUAAGAAACAAGUUGCAAAGAAAGUAAAACCAAAGAAAAAAAAAACUGACAGUUCAAGCAGUAGUGAGUUUUCCCACUCUGAUAGUUCUGCAUCUCGUUCAAGGUCAAGAUCUAAAAGCAAAAACUCUUCCGGAAGUGAAUCUGGAAGCAGCUCUUCAGACUCAGGAAGUUCAUCAUCUGGUUCUUCUUCCUCAUCUGACGAGGAUAAACCAAAGAAGAAAGUUUCAAAGACAGUGAAGGGAAAAGCAGCAACUAAAGGCCCUCCCAAGAAUGCAGCACCAGCUAAAGUAGCCGUUCCAUCAAAGGGGAAGAAAGAUGUAAAGAUGACAAUUAUAAACAAGCCACAGCAAUCCGCAACAAAAAGUGGAGAGAGCAGAAAACGCCCUGCAGCUGCCAUUUCGGGAGCAAAACCUGCUGCUAAGAAAGGUUCUGCUAUUGCUAAUAGAAGAGUUGAGUUGCUGGAACAACUGAAGGUUGUUGAGAAUGCUAUCUUAAAGAAGAGAGCGAAGCUAACUUGAAACUUCGUUGCGAGGCUCACCGUGACUGUUGAAUAUUAAAAUGCUGCCGGUUGUAUGUAAUGUGUACUGUGUAGGAAAAUAAAUAGAAAUGGUCAUCUGCGA